UAACGGAAGAACAAAGGAAAAAGAAGUGAACAGAAAUGCACCAAGGAGAAAAGGGUUUAGCAAUGGAAUCGAAACUGGAAACUGGAAACUGAGAACGUAGAAUUCAAUUGGAAGAUGGACUCAGCGGAGGAGCGAGCAGUGAGAGAUUUCAUCGCAAAGGAAGUCCCCGACUGGAACGACGACGUCGUUUCGGUGGCGAGGUUCAAAGCAUUCUCCGGCCAGAGAUCCGAUUGGCAGCCCAGGUUCCUCUUCUGGAGACACUUGAUCCUCAAAGUCGCCACUCACUUUCGCCUCCUCUUCAUAAAACCCUCCCAGGUUAAGAGUGUUUGGUUUAAUCGAGGAGGGUUAACCCCCUUAUGUCUUGACCACGUUCUGUCUCUAAUGUAUAAUGAAGGUGACCUCACAAGAAUUGUGGAUCUUGCGGAUCCAACAAGUGGACGAUUGUCCCAACUAUUCAGAAAAGUUAGCAACUUAGUAGCAAGAUCAACUCCGGAUAUUAUGUCUGAAGAAUUUGUCAUUUUAACUUCUCUGCUUCAGAGUAAGGCUGCUGAAGUUGUCAAACAUCUAUCUGAAAGUCACUGGAAUUCAUCAUGUAUCAUCACAAUGAAGAAAUUCCAGGACAUAUGUGGAGGGCCUGAUGAAGCAUCUGCAAUCUUGAGGUAUAUGUCAGGAUGUGGUACAGCAAAGUAUCUUAAAGUCCAUAAGAAAGAAUUUGUAGAGGGUGUAAAAAUUUCUCCUUCAGCUUCCACAUUAUCUAGCAUAUCUAAUUUAGACUAUGAUGUCUUGUACUUGAUCUGGACAACUGAGAGGCUUCAGCAGCAACUAGACAUGAUUGACAGACGUUAUGAGUCGUCAAGAAAGUCAGCGUUGGCUUCUCUACAUUCAGGGAACAAAAAAUUGGCCCUUAGACAUGCAAGGGAGCUUAAGCUGGCCACUCAGAGUAGAGAUAAGUGUUCAUCACUUUUGAACAGAGUAGAGGAAGUACUUGGUGUCAUUGCAGAUGCGGAGGCUACCAAAAAGAUAUCUGAAGCUAUGCAGAUUGGAGCCAAUGCAAUUAAAGAAAAUAAGAUUAGCGUGGAAGAGGUUGAUCUCUGUUUACGAGAUCUCCAAGAGAGCAUUGAUGCACAGAAGGAAGUGGAAAAGGCGCUAGAACAAACUCCAUCUUACACGGAUGUCGAAGAUGAAGAUAUCCAAGACGAAUUGGAGAAGUUGGAGUUGGCUAUUGAGAAAGAGGCUCCAGUUCCUGCAGUCGAAAAGGCGUUUGGCACCACAGAAGAAGGAAGAGCAGCUGCAGAAGCCACUGAGUUUAUCAAUGAGGCUUUUUCAAAUCUCAGGCUGUCAAAUGGUGCAUCUGUGAAGCAAGGUAUCACUAAGGAGGGAUCAGAGGGUUACAGAGAAUCAAAAAAAUUAGAAAUGGAGGCUGUGUAAACUAUAAAGUCUUAAAGAGAAAAUUAUGUUGUGCACUUGUGCUUCACUGCCUCGUCUAUGUCAAAAUUACCCAUAUUUUGGGGGACUUUACACUUGGCUUUAUAACUUAGUAGUUUAUUUUUUA